GCCAUGAAACUCGAAGCUAAAAUUAACAAAUAAGUUGAACGCUCUGAGUAUCGCCCCUUGUGAAUUAGUGUUUUUAUGAUGAUGUUUGUUACCUUUAUCGGGGUUUGCAGGUGAAAGUAACCAUUUACAUUUUACACCUUUCUCAUCUAAAGAUCUGUGCAAGACAGAAAACUGGAAUUUUGUGUCCAUGGACGCUAGUAUCGUGGUUCAGAUUGUUUUCUUUUCACUGGAGGUAAAGGACUAGGCCGGACCUUGUCUUAAGAAGUAACUGCAUUCAUUUUACUCGAAAGCUUUGGUAUUUUGGCAAGAAGACAGCGAAAAAUGUCGACGACAAGCCCUGAAGCGGUGAAGAAAUUGCUAGAGAACAUGCAAACGGAUUUGCGGUCUCUGUCCAUGGAAUGCAAGAAAAAAUUUCCCCCUGUGAAAGAGGCAGCAGAAUCAGGUAUCGUGAAGAUCAAAACCAUUGCUGCAAGAAACACAGACAUCUUGGCAGCUCUGAAGGAAAACAGCUCAGAGGUGGUGCAGCCCUUCCUUAUGGGCUGUGGGACCAAAGAGCCCAAAAUCACUCAGCUAUGUCUGGCUGCAAUCCAGAGACUCAUGUCCCAUGAGGUGGUGUCAGAGACUGCUGCUGGAAACAUCAUUAAUAUGCUGUGGCAGCUGAUGGAGAAUGGCCUUGAGGAGCUGAAACUGCUACAGACAGUCCUGGUUUUACUGACCACCAACACAGUGGUGCAUGAUGAAGUGUUGUCAAAGGCCAUAGUGCUGUGUUUUCGCCUUCACUUCACUAAAGACAACAUCACCAACAACACCGCAGCUGCUACAGUACGACAGGUUGUUACCGUGGUGUUUGAGAGGAUGGUUGCUGAAGAUGAGCGCUGCAAAGGCAUGGCAGAGGAGCCCCCACCAGUCCAAGGCAACAGUAACCGUAGGUCUGUGAGCACACUUAGACCGAGUGCCAAGGAUGCCUACAUGCUCUUCCAGGAUCUGUGUCAGUUGGUGAACGCUGAUGCCCCGUACUGGCUGGUAGGGAUGACAGAGAUGACGCGCACGUUUGGCCUGGAGCUCCUCGAGUCUGUUUUAAACGACUUCCCUCAAGUAUUUCUACAGCAUCAAGAAUUCAGCUUCCUUCUGAAGGAGCGUGUUUGUCCGUUGGUCAUUAAGCUGUUCUCUCCCAACAUUAAGUUCCGUCAGGGCAACAGUAGUGCCGCCUCACCGGCACCUGUGGAGAAACCUUACUUCCCCAUCUGCAUGCGCUUACUCCGUGUCGUCUCUGUUCUUAUUAAGCACUUCUACAGCCUUUUGGUGACGGAAUGUGAGAUCUUCCUGUCUCUGCUAGUGAAAUUUCUUGAUGGAGAGAAGCCCCAGUGGCUGAGGGCAGUAGCGGUAGAAUCAGUGCACAGGUUGUGUGUGCAGCCUCAUCUACUACGGUCCUUCUGCCAGUCCUAUGAUAUGAAACAGCACUCAACCAAAGUGUUCAGAGAUAUUGUUAACGCCCUGGGCUCUUUUAUCCAGUCCCUUUUCAUCGUGCCCAGUGCAGGCAACCCAGCUUCCAUCAAUGCCCCCGCUGGUGGGUCAGGGUCUUCGGGUCAGGGAUCGUCACAGGGUGGCCAAGGUUCUGCAUCAGUGAGUGGGGGGCUGACGACGCAGGCUGCUUUUGAAUAUCGUGGAACCUGGAUCCCUCUCAUGAAUGUCAGCGUCCAAGGCAGUGCCAAAGCCACCUAUCUAGAGAUGCUGGACAAGGUGGAGCCGCCCUCCAUCCCAGAGGGCUACGCCAUGUCCGUGGCCUUCAGUGCACUGUUGGACCUGGUCAGGGGCAUCACCUCCAUGAUUGACAGGGAGCUUGCCAAAGAAGAAGAGGAACGGGAGGCAGCUGGUCAGGGCAGUUCAGAACCCCCGCCCACCCAGAGUCAGAGCAGCCCUGAAGAGCCUCGUGAGUGCAUGGCUCAUCAGGUGUGGGAAGAGAUGGUCAGUGCGUGUUGGUGUGGGCUGCUUGCGGCUCUCUCUCUUCUGUUGGAUGCCAGUACGGACGAAACAGCGACAGAAAACAUCCUAAAGGCUGAGAUGACGAUGGCAGCUCUGUGUGGACGGUUGGGUCUGGUCACGCCGCGGGACGCCUUCAUUACUGCCAUCUGCAAAGCGUCCCUGCCCCCACACUACGCUCUGACUGUCCUCAACAGCAAUGCAGCCAACAUUUCCAACAAAACAUACUCCAUCCAGGGCCAGAACGUGCAGAUCAUCAGCCCCUCCAGUGAGUCUCAUCAGCAGGUGGUGGCUGUUGGGCAGCCGCUGAGUGUCCAACCACAGGGCACGGUCGUGCUCACAGCAAAGAAUAUCCAGUGUAUGAGGACACUGUUGAAUUUGGCUCAUUGUCAUGGAGCUGUGCUGGGAACUUCAUGGCAACUAGUGUUAGCAACACUCCAGCACCUGGUGUGGAUCCUUGGCCUUAAACCUGGUGUUGGUGGAGCUUUGAAACCUGGGCGGGCUGUGGAGGGCACCAGCACAGUUCUGACCACUGCUGUUAUGACUGACCUCCCUGUAAUCUCCAACAUCCUCUCAAGACUCUUUGAAAGCUCCCAAUACUUGGAUGAUGUUUCCCUUCAUCACCUGAUAAAUGCUCUUUGUUCAUUGUCCAUGGAAGCCAUGGAAAUGGCCUAUGGUAAUAACAAGGAACCCUCGCUUUUUGCUGUGGCAAAACUCCUGGAAACUGGAUUGGUGAACAUGGACCGAAUUGAAAUCCUGUGGAGACCCCUGACUGCUCAUCUGCUAGAGGUGUGUCAACAUCCUAAUGCCCGAAUGAGAGAGUGGGGUGCAGAGGCAGUAACCUCACUAAUCAAAGCAGGCUUGGCAUAUAAGCAUGACCCACCCCUAUCCCAAAAUCAGAGGCUGCAGCUGCUCCUGCUGAACCCCCUGAAGGAGCUGUCCAACGUGCUGCACGCAGACAUCCGACAGAAACAGCUGGAGUGUGUGCUACAGAUCCUGCAGAGUCAGGGGGAUAGCCUGGGCCCCGGGUGGCCCCUGGUGUUGGGUGUUAUUGGAGCCAUCCGGAAUGAUCAAGGAGAAUCCUUAAUUAGAACAGCCUUCCAGUGCCUGCAGUUGGUGGUGACUGACUUCCUGCCAACUAUGCCUUGCACGUGCCUCCAGAUUGUAGUAAAUGUCGCCGGCAGCUUUGGUCUUCAGAACCAGGAACUUAAUAUCAGCCUUACCUCAAUAGGGCUCUUGUGGAACAUCUCUGACUACUUCUUCCAGCGAGGAGAAGCCAUUACAGAAGAGCUGGAGAAAGAAGAGGCAAUACUGGAGAAGCAAGCCCAAGAGAAGGGCGAACCACUCAACAGGCCUUUCCAUCCAGCGCCGCCUUUUGACUGUCUAUGGCUGUGCCUCUAUGCUAAGCUGGGAGAGCUGUGUGUGGACCCAAGGCCUGCUGUACGGAAGAGCGCCGGUCAGACCAUGUUUUCUACCAUUGCUGCCCAUGGCACCUUGCUGCAGCAGCCCACCUGGCACAUUGUUGUGUGGAAGGUGCUCUUCCAUCUUCUUGAUUGUGUGAGAAAGUCCUCUACCACAGCUGACAAGGAGAAAAUUGAAUCAGGUGGUGGGAACAUCCUCAUCCACCACUCUCGGGACACGGCAGAAAAACAGUGGGCUGAGACAUGGGUGCUGACCCUGGCAGGGGUAGCACGGAUUUUUAACACUAGAAGAUACCUGCUCCAACAGCUAGGGGACUUCUUCAAAGCUUGGGAAGUGUUGCUGGACCAUAUCCAAUCCGCUGCCCUUAGCAAGAACAACGAAGUUUCAUUGGCUGCCCUGAAAAGCUUCCAGGAGAUUCUUCAGCUGGUGACACCCGUCAAGGACACAGACAAGCCCGACGCCUUGGCUGCCAUGGGCGUUCCUCCUGUCCUCAUCGACCCCCUCACUGCGUCAGGUCCAGGCAGACCCCUGCUGCGCUCUGACUCCUUAGCCGAACGCCUUGCCCAACGGUACAGCAACAACACGCAGCCAACAGCGCCCCCUCCUGGGGAGGAACUGGACGAUUCCGCCUUGUGGUGGUCAGCCUGGAACACCUGGUACCGGACUGGAAUCGAGUGUACCCGACCACCCACCGGGAGCACCGGUGACAAGCUAGCCUUCGUUCCCAGCCAGCCCUUCCUUACAGCGCUGGUGCAGAUUUUCCCUGCGCUCUAUCAACACAUCGCCGGUAGCUUCAGUAUGGAGGACCUGCGCAAACUGGGCGUCAUCCUACAUGGUGCUGUCUCCGUGCCCAUCAGUUCUGACGCCUCACCCUUCAUUCUUCCCUCCUACACAGAGGCUGUGCUCACCAGCCUGCAGGAGGCCGUGCUCACUGCCCUCGACGUGCUGCAGAAGGCCAUUUGUGUGGGUCCAGAGAACCUGCAGGUCAUGUACCCUGCCAUCUUUGAGCAGCUCCUGCAAUUUGUGGAGUUCUCCUGUAAGCCUCCACAGUACGGCAAAAUAGAAACCAAACACGUGGCCAAUGCGAAAUACAACCAGAUCCAACUGUUUGCACCGGCUGAAUGGGUGGCCUUAAACUAUGUGCCCUUCGCAGAGAAGUCCCUGGAGGUGGUUGUGGAUCUGUAUCAUAAAACUGCUUGUCACAAGGCUGUCAUUAAUGAGAAAGUUCUGGAAAACAUUAUCAAGACACUGAGAAUGCCCCUAGGGCUAAAAUAUGCCUGCCCAGCCGAAAGCACUUGGAAGCUGGCCGUCUCGUCUCUGCUCAAAGUGCUCUCCAUCGGCCUCCCCGUUGCCCGGCAACAUGCCUCUUCGGGCAAGUUCGACACCAUGUGGCCCGAGCUUGCCAACGCCUUUGAAGAUUUCCUCUUCACCAAAAGCACACCUCCUGACAACCUCUCCAUUCAAGAAUUUCAGAAGAAUGAGGCCAUUGAUGUUGAGGUGGUCCAGUUAAUCAGCACAGAGAUCUUACCCUUUGCCAACUUCAUCCCCAAAGACUUUGUUGGUCAGAUCAUGGCCAUGCUCAAUAAAGGAUCCAUCCAUUCUCAGUCAUCGUCAUUUACAGAAGCAGAAAUCGAUGUCCGUAUGAGGGAAGAGUUCUCCAAAGUCUGCUUUGAGACGUUGUUGCAGUUCUCCUUCAGCAACAAGGUGUCCACUCCACAGGAAGGGUACAUCUCUCGCAUGGCCCUGUCUGUAUUGCUCCAGCGUGCACAGGAUGUGCUGCAGCGAUAUGUAGAAGAUGAGAGGCUUAGCGGGCGCUGCCCCCUGCCAAGGCAACAAGUUACAGAGAUCAUCUUCGUCUUAAAGGCAGUCAGCACCCUCAUGGACUCACUCAAAAAGACCCAGCCAGAGAACGUGGAUGGGAACACGUGGGCCCAAGUAAUAGCCCUGUACCCAACCUUGGUGGAAUGCAUCACCUGUUCAUCCUCAGAGAUCAGCUCUGCACUGAAGGAGGCCCUGGGGCCAUUCAAAGACUUUAUGCAGCCCCCGGCGUCGAAAGUACAAAACGGGGAGUCUUGACUGCCCGUGCCCAGGGAAUUAAUCCGAACAGGAAGAUGAAUGUGUCCUCACUGGGCCACACAUGUGAACUCUUACUCACUCAAGCCCAUCUAACAGACACUAGCCCCUGUCAACGAUCAAGCAAAAAGUUCUGCUGCCCCCCCCUCCAUGAUUUGAGUCUGGCUUCCAUCAGUUUCAGCUUCUAAUAUACAUUGAUAUCCCAUUCCAAUUGGCUUGACUUAACCAUGGUAUUAACUGCUAUAGUAAAACUUCAUUGUUUUCAUAA